AGUCCGUAAAAUCAAUCUGCAGAGCGAUCUUGUGGCCCCUUGGAGACUCCCUGGAAGGAAGAAGUGGGCAGCAGCAGCAGCAGCAGCUUUCUGAGUCUCUGGAAUGGAGGGAAGGCGAGGGAAGCCCCUGCUGCCAACUUCUGGAGCCAGGGCAGCUCAAGCCCUCUCCAACCAGGUCCUCUCUCCAGUGUGGAUGGCGCUUGGGCAGAUGCCACUUUAGCCAGGCUGGCAGUGCCCAGUACAUCCAAAUAUUUCGAGUUCCUGCAAUGAAUGGACAUACUGUCCCGCCAGGUGAUCCUAUAUACGCCGGCGGCUGGAAUGAGUUCUGCGAGCAGCAUGCCAUCAGCACGGCCCGAGAGCUGGCCCAAAAGUACCUCCUUUUUGUCAACGAGAACCCUCAGCAUGAAGUCUUGGCUGCUGACAACUUCUCCCUCCAGUUUGCUGACCUCUUCCAGCAGUAUUUUUGCAACGAGGUGAAGGAUAAUUUUGCUAUGAACCAGUACCGCAUUCUUCCAUUUAGCAGGGUGCGGGACUACAGGGAGACUGGCCAAAAACAUUCCGACAACUUUCUAGGGACGGUUGGGAACAAGACUGAGGUAGAAUUGGCUGAACAGUCUGACUGGAGGCCAGAGGCUCAUCCACCUGGGCUGCCCAAGGCUUGGAGUUCUGAGGAACUUACAGGGACUGCUUCCUCAGUGGCUGUGAGGAGGCAUUUUUCCCUGGACCGGCUGAGGAGGAGUUGGCGGAACUUUUUCUGCAGGAGAUCCUCAGAACCUUUCCCUGGCAAUGGAGAAGUGCCAGACUCUGUUUUGAAAUCUGGCCUUGCUCGAAAGAUCUUCCCCUGGGCCCUCUCGCGACAUCUGUCAUCUCAGGUUCGGAAAGAGGGUAAUCUGAAAUACUGGAUGGUGACAGAGGCCACUGUAGAUAGUGGGACAUGCUGGAAGAAAUGCCGGCUAGUUUUACAGAAAGAAGGGCCUUCGGACAGCGAGAAUUAUGUCCUGGCAUUGUUUGAUCCCCCCAAGAGCUCAAGGCCCAAACGGCAAGCCAGCUGCUUAGCCAUCCAAGAAAUCCGACGGUGCACUUGUCUGGAGAUGCCUGACAAUGCGCACACCUUUGUGCUCAAGGAAAAUACCUCUACAGACCUCAUAUUUGAGGCUGGUGAUGACCAGCAGCUGUCAUCUUGGAUAUCUGAAAUUAAAGAUUGCCUUUCUCAAGGGUCUGCAGGAGAUGAUGUUGACCUGAUCUCAGAUACUCACUCAGAGACAGCAACUGUGAGCCCCACAAACAGUAGCAUGGAUUCCCUAAACCAAGCUGCCAUGCAACCGAGCCUCCCAGACCACUACCUAGCCUCCUUCCCCUGGUUCCAUGGCCCUAUUUCUCGAGUCAAAGCUGCCCAACUUGUCCAGCUCCAGGGGCUUGAGGGACAUGGGGUUUUCCUCAUCCGACAGAGUGAAACGCGUAGAGGAGAAUACGUCCUCACUUUCAACUUCCAAGGACGGGCGAAGCACCUACGGCUUUCCCUGACAGAGAGGGGCCAGUGUCGCAUCCAGCAUUUGCGCUUCUCCUCCAUCCUGGACAUGCUACACCAUUUCCAACGCUGUCCCAUCCCCUUGGAGUGUGGCACUGCCUGUAAUGUGCAGCUGUCCAGCUACGUGGUGGUUGUCCCACAUACACAAGGCCCCAGCAGCAACACAGUGCCAUUCUCCACCUUAGUCCACCAGUGGAAUCCAGAGAGCCUUUCCCAGUUUAGCCCAUCCAGAUGUCCCCGGAUGCAGCUGGCUGACAACCUUCGCCGCAACUCCUCAGGGGAGCAAAUCUUCCACCUGGUGCCCCCUCCCGAAGAGCUGGCCAGCAGCACGGCGGCCAUGCCACUCCAUGGCCCAGCCCCACCGCGCCAGUGGGACAGCGACUAUGAGAUGGACUCCCAAGGGAGGGGCCACCUGCGGGCGGUUAACAACCAGUACACCUCCCUCUGACACAGCACCUGCUUUUGCACAAAACUCUUUUUGCCAAAAUGUUUUGGAAGGCCACUGAAGUUGUGUUAACUAUUUGAGAUUGAAUAGCUCAUGGCCCUGUGGCUGUCAGUCUUGGAUUUGGUCUGUUCAAGGGCCAUUUGUUUUGCCCACGUUCUUCUUCUCUUAUCGGUUUUGCACAUGGCUUUGCCUUUGCUUUGAGGUUCCUGGUGCUUUGCUACAGGUAUAUACAAUCCUCUGCAGUUGUUUACCUUUGGUCUCUUUCUCUCAUCCCAUUCCUCUUUUGAGGGGAGAGGCUGGGUAGUGGAAAAUGGAAGUAAACAGGUCAAACUGGUUGCUGUUACUGACCAAACAGACCCACCCUCCUCUUUCUGCCUCUUGAAUUUCACAUUAUUGUUGAAUUAAGGCACUCUCACCCUUGCGCAGUGUUACUUUCUUGUCUGUUUCAAGGAUUAGUGUCAAGUGUUGUUUUUUUAUUAAGUUUGUGUCAUGCAGGGUUACAUGACUAGAAACAGACUACUGCUGAAACAGCACACACCAGAAACAACCACAACAUAGGCCUUCUGAUACCCCUGUUAUAUUGACUAGCUAAACACUAAACAUCUCCUUUGCGGGCUGAAUGACAAGCAGUCUCAGCUCUAGCAACCCAUCUCAACAGAUUUCCUUCCCUUGAAUGUUUUUAACUGUGCAGCUUUGCAACAAAACACACAAAUUGAACUGCACAGGAGCUGCAAUUGUGUCUGUCACGGAGGAGCUCACCUUUGGCAUGUAGGAAACUGCCCUACACAAUCUGGUAAUGAUGUAAGGAACCUGUAUAAGAAGUUCUACUACAACUCCCCAUCACUCUACAACACUGGCCCAAGGUUAAUGGGAGUUAGAGUCAGGUGGUUCUGGUAAGGUGAGAGAACUUCCUUCUUGGCCCUAGCUAGUGCCGCCUUUUAACUGGAAAUGCUGGAUGAGUGACUAAAGGAGACCUCAGAUGUUUUCAAAGUACCAUGCUCUACUGCACCCUUGAAGACGUUUGCCCUGGUGGUGGGUGGGUGUUGUGAGGGGGGCACUGUCACUGUUAAAUCUUCUACUUCUAGUAUUAGUGACCCUGAGUGUGGCUGCUUCAAACUGAUUCUAGUAACCCAUCUCAUUUGACACCUGCCCCUUCUUUUGAAGAGGGGAGCAAGUAGGCACUUCAUCACUACUUUCUACUCCACCCCGCACUACACUAGUCUUGCUUACCAGUAACAUUUUCAAAACCAGCAACUCCCAUUUCCUAGGUGCCUGUCUUUCUUGUGCCUCACUCCCGAUGAAGCAGCCGUUUUCUCGCAUCUGUCCAAGUUUGCUGUUAAAAUGGAGAUAAAGCAGAAGCUAUAUGAGAAGACAGCAGCCUCUGCUGGGCAGAAAUGUUUUCAUCACAAGAUUGGAACCACACAUUUGGAAGGUUUUGUGCCACUGAAAACAUUUCUCAUGACAUUCCUUUAAAACCACUGAGAGGGCUUUCUUGACAGGAGGAAGCCUGUGCAAGUGUCCAGCACCCAACAGAGGAAAGGUUUUGCCAAAGACAAGCGCAUGAGUCAGGAGGCCUGAGGGCAUGCCCUUGCUUCCUAGUUUUAAAAUGGAGCUUCAUUUUUCUCUGCUACAGAAUGAAUUUGUCUCAAGCCAGGCAUACAGGUUCAUGCUGCCCUUUGUUAAAAUUAGCUUCUUCCUCGCCUAGCCUGAUUCCUUUGCUAGGCUGUCAUCAAGCAGGACACAACCUAUCUUCUUUCACUUGACCAACACUUGUGUGUUCCCAUGACCCACUAAAACAACUUGAGCUGCAGCCCCAACCCAAGGCCUCUAAAUGGCAAGGCAGGGAGGGUACCAAGUACUACUUGGACAAACAAAAUGGAGCUUUUCCUUCAGCAUGAGCCGGCAAAAGAGCAAGUGGAAUAUCUUUGGCUUCCUGUGAAGAACAAGUUGGAUUCUUAGAAGCCACACAAAACAAAUAGAACUUGGAAAGCUGUCUUAUUAGUGAGUCAUCUAGCCUUUUCCACUUUGGCUGCUUAGGGACCUACGCUCCAUCAAAGUGUGUGGGCAAAGCUACUCCUCAUCCAGCUGUGGUACGAGGGCAGUUGGGCAUGCCUCCCUAGUCAGCGGCUGUUAGGGACAGACAGCAAACCUGUGCCACCCAGCUGCCAUUGCACUGCUAGACAAAACGGCUUGCACAAGGAGAGACUGGCUACUUCCUUGAGCAAGGUGCAAAAAAACAGGCCUCAUCCAACCCAGACUAGCAAUAGAGGGGUUCUUCCCUGCUACCAGCAAGGGACUUUCUGCCCCACUAUCCUGAAGUAAACACCUGAGAGAAAGGUGAUCCAAUCUCAAAUGACUUUUCAACCAUUCUAGAGAAAGGAUUAUUUUGCACUCCUCCCAACCUUAACAAAAACAACAACAGCUAGCACCUCUUAUCACACAGCUCCCAUGACCUUCAAGCCAGUUGCUUAGAAACUCAGGGAGUCCCCAGCUCUAGCACACUGAGCCUUGCAAACACUAGGUCAACACUCUGAGAUCAAGCGGCUACAAGGGGAAUCUGGAAACGUCUUGCCUUUUCAAACCCAGAGCCCUUUGGCUUUUUCACCAGCAUUAAGGCUUUUUAUUUGGUGGCUAAUUACUCCAAGCUUCCUCAGAGCCAGUCCUUCAUGAAGAUGAUGCACCCAUUUGACAUCUUAUGUUUAGAAGCAUAUUAAAUGUGAUACGGGACCACAAUUGACUAAGGAACAUAGCAGACUAGUCUAACGGCUUGAGACACAAACAAGGGCUUAGUUGCCAUUCUCUGUGUGAGAUCUGGUGGGAAAAAUAUCUAUCAAAUUAACCAACAUCUCAAGGUAAAUCCCAAACCAGCAACAGUCCAUGCUCACAAACCCUGUAGUUAUUGCUCAUUUUAAUCUGUUUAUUCACACAUGAUUGAUAGCCUGAUGUUAUGGGUCUCGAGGGACCUGUGUGUUGGGUGGAAAGGUAGGGGAGAUUUGUCACAACACCCAUUUCUCCCCUCAAAAAGGAAGGGAAGAUAUUAUUUUAAAGUUCAUAAUUUCUAUAGCAACCCAUACCAAUGUGCAACACAAAAAACUACUACAGAAUAUCAUCUAAGCAACAAAGAAAGUGAGGAAAAUUGGGAAGCAACAAGUCAGCCAAAGCUGCACUUGCUUGACUGAACACAGGAACUAGGCUGAGACAUUUGCAAGCAUUUUAGUGCCUUCCUUCAAUUCUCAGGGCAAACUGAAAAAAGUUAACAAACUCUGGAACUGCAAAAAGAAUGGCAAGAGACUGCCAUCUAGCCAGCUUGAUUUUGCAGAGCUCAUUUACAAAUGCACAGUGUUCAGCCUCUUGUGCCAGAAUUGCCUUUGCCCAAUAGUUCUUUUAGCAUCCAGAAAACUGAACUGCAUGCACAACCAACUAAUGGGUUAAAUGCCAACCUGUCAUCUAAUUCCAUUUUUCUAAAGAACAAGACUCUUGCCUUUCCUACACAGUAGGCCUAAGCAACUCAAGCUUGCAUGAGACAGUCUGUAAGGAAGCAAGAGAACCUCAAAAGCAGAAAAGUAAGGGGAAAAACCUCAGGGAGGCUCUGUUCCAGAUCAGUGCCGCCAUCAGCCUUUCAGAGUGCACUUCCACUCGUGCCAACAGAAAUAACCUCUACAUUCUCAGCAUUGUAACGGAGGUGCCAAACCUUCAAAACUUUCUAGUGCAAAACUCCAGACAAAGCUUGGCUAAAUUACUUUGGUGGAUUAUGACACUCAUAAUCUCCUAGGAUGGUGGGGCAAAGAUUAAUUUUCCCAAACUCUGGCCUGGUGUUCUAAAUUCACCUGCAGCAAGGCAGGUAAGGAAAAUACCUUCAGAGGCAUGGUACAAAUUCUUUUCUAUGAGCAAAACUCCUGCAUUCAAAAGAUUUGAGCACAAAAAUUAUCCUCUGCAGUUAGUUUUCAACAUGAAAUUUAAAGUGAGGUUACCUGCAUCCAGCCGCCAUCUAUAUUGAAUGAAUGCCAGGCUUUCUUCACACUGUUCCACGGAUGAAGAAACCAGGGGGGGGUGGGGGGGGGUGUUACAGAACAUCAUCCAAAACGGGGCCUGAGCAGCUGACAGCUAGAGGCAAAAGCCUUGCCUACACAAGUUUGGUCUUUUUAAAAUCCUGCACAUUUAGCUCUGUACACAAGACAUUAAGGGGUUUGGCCACUUGAUGCCCCAAACCAAUAGGACUUCAAAGUUAACUUGUGUGUUCUUUUUAAGUCUUUUCUGCUUUUGUAUAGUAGAACUGUUCUAUAUUUUGUUUCUGUAUGUACUGUACAUGUAACUUAUUCUGGAAUAUUGCAUAAAUAUACAUACAGAUCUGCUCUUGCAGUAAACAAAAUUGUUUAAAGUUUAA